AUGGCUGUGCGUGUUGAGCACGCAUCACAGCACGAUUGCGCAGAGUGCCUCGACCUCCUCGCCGCGCCGUCGCUGGUCCGGGCCGCGCUCAAGGCGGCUCGGGCCGCAGACGCUGCCGCCGCUUCGGCUGCGACCGGCGAGCUCUGCAGGCUCGCCUCGCUCGAGCCUCACGCCAGGCGGCCGUGUGGCGCCGUCUCGCUCUCCACCUGCCUCGUGCUGGCCGCUGAGGUCGCCCUCCUGGGAGGCGAGCGGGCUGCGACUGGAGUGCGGCGCGUCCGCUCGCGCGCGCAGGCUGCCUGCUUCAUCGCGCAGUCGCGCCGCUGGGCGACCCGGUACGGCUGCGGGUCGCUGAAUCGCAUCUUCAAGCGCUCGCCGCGGCGCGGCGAGUUCCUCGCCGCAUAUGACGCGUUUGUCGCGGAGGUCGUGGCGCCGUCGCUCGGCUGCGGCGAGGGGCUCGUCUACCAGGCCGAGCCCGUGUUUCGCGUCUUUUUGCCCUACCACCUCGCCGUCGGCCCGCGCCACACGGACGCGUCAUACCACGAGCAGCCGAACGAGAUCAACUGCUGGGUGCCGCUGACCGCCGUGUCGGGCACAAACUCGCUGCAGGUGGAGUCGUCUCCAGGGGCGGGCGAUUUUGAGCCGGUCGAAUGCCGCUACGGCGAGCUCUUUCGCUUCCGCGGCAACGCUUGCGAGCACUUCUCCUGCCUCAACGUCAGCGACGCCACGCGGGUCUCCUUUGACUUUCGCGUCAUUCGGCCGCAGGAGCUGCGGCUCCGGCCGGUGGCCUCAGCGAGCAGCGACGCGCACGCGCGGGGGCGCAGCGACUACUUCACCAUCGGGCGGUACUACCGCGUGGUGGGCGACGCCCCGCGGCGGGGAGGCCGCGGCGUGCGCGGUGCUAGCCCGGGCGAGAGCGCCGAGAAGAAGGAACUCCGAGAAGAAACGACAUGA